AUGCCCUACUUAGCGUCACCCACAUGGCGUUUUCCGCUCGGUGCUGUCGAAGCUCCCGUUACACGGGGCACAUGUGGACAGAGGGUGGCAGGUCGCGUGGCUACACCGCAUGUGGAAGGAAGGCCCCAGACGCGGCGCCGACCGCUGUGGCGCCUCUGCCAACUGCUGGGACUGCAGGGAGUGGUGCAGCAUUGUUCAAGGCGCCUGCGUCCCUGGCGCAAGAAGCGCUUUCUGCCCUGGAAGCGGCGCAUUCGCCGUGAGCUGCGGCGAGCCUGGCAGGACUGGGGCCCCGGGCAGCUGUCUCGACGCUUGGAGGGGCUCAUUGUCGCAGCCCAGGCCACUGUGACAGAUGCCAGCCUCAUCUUUUUGCUGGUGGCCAAAGGAUGUCCCAGCAGCGACCGUGUGGCACGGGGGAAAACCCCAAAGGGUUGCUGGAGGACAGCCUUCACCUGGCGGAAUCGUCGUGAUUCUCUGGUGCGUUCCAUCAUAGGUUGCUUGUGGCAAGAUGGUAGCACUGCAUACUCUGACAGGGCGUGUGCUGUGCUCUUUAGUGAAGACUGGAGCUGUUGGCUGCUACACGCUGACGCGCUGGUGGCCUCCGUUGCUGCGCUGGAGGAGACCUCGCUGUUGACCAAGGUUUGGCGUUCUGCUGAGAGAGCUAUGGCAACUGGUUCUGAGGUCGUGGAGGGCGUGCAGCCGUUGCUGGCGCCGAGAAGGGAUGGGCACUUGGAAGCAGCGGCCUUCAGGUUUCUGAGAACGCUGGGGUCCCCCAAGGACAGCGUCCUGGUGAUCCUGGACGAUGCGCACCGCAACCCGAUGCCGGUGCUGCCGAAGAAUGAGAGCAGAGCACCCAGGCGCGCCGUGUGCGUGCUGGGCUGCCCCGCCGGUUUGACUUCACAGCAGGAGGCGGCUCUGGCAUCAGCGGCCAGAAGCGCAGGAUGGCAGGUGU